AUGGCCCAGGGUGCCAUGCGCUUCUGCUCGGAAGGUGACUGUGCCAUCUCCCCACCACGAUGCCCGCGCCGCUGGCUCCCCGAAGGCCCAGUGCCCCAGAGCCCCCCAGCCAGCAUGUACGGCAGCACAGGCUCCCUGCUCUGGCGAGUGGCAGGUCCAGGUUCCCGAGGCCGGGAACUGGGACGUGUGACAGCACCCUGUACACCUCUACGUGGUCCCCCCUCACCCCGUGUAGCUCCCUCACCCUGGGCACCCUCUUCACCCACUGGGCAGCCCCCACCAGGGGCCCGGAGCUCUGUGGUCAUCUUCCGUUUUGUGGAGAAGGCCAGUGUGAGGCCACUGAAUGGGCUACCUGCUCCUGGAGGCUUGAGUAGAAGCUGGGACCUGGGUGGUGUAUCUCCUCCCAGGCCCACUCCAGCCCUUGGGCCUGGUUCCAACCGGAAGUUGCGGCUGGAGGCAUCCACAUCAGACCCACUCCCAGCCGGAAGAGGCUCAGCCCUUCCUGGCAGCCAGGACCCUUUACAUGGGCCACCAGUCCCACCCCAGGUUGGGGCAGAUGGCCUUUACUCCUCUCUCCCCAAUGGGCUGGGGGGGCCCUCUGAACACCUGUCCACGCUAUUCCGAGGAUCUGCUGUCCCUGGAUUCCUGAACCAGGGCGACACCUGGUCCUCCCCGCGGGAAGUCUCCUCUCAUGCCCAGAGAAUUGCUCGAGCCAAAUGGGAAUUCUUCUAUGGCUCCCUGGACCCCCCCAGCUCAGGUGCUAAGCCCCCAGAGCAGGCCCCCCCAUCUCCACCUGGGGUGGGCUCAGGGCAGGACUCUGGGGUGGCUGUGGGGCAAGCAGCGAAGUACUCCGAGACAGACCUGGACACGGUGCCCCUGAGGUGCUACCGCGAGACUGACAUCGAUGAGGUGCUGGCUGAGCAGGAGGAUGCUGACUCGGCCAUCGAGAGUCAGCCCAGUUCUGAGGGCCCUCCUGGUACUGGCCGCCCACCUGCCCCACAUCCCGGCCCAUGCCCUGGCCCUUGUCCCAGCCUGGGCAGUGGCGAUGAGGAUGAGGCAGGCGGGGAAGAGGAUGUGGACGACGAGGUGUUUGAGGCCUCAGAGGGGGCCCGGCCAGGGAGCCGGAUGCUUCACUCUGGGCCUCUCAAGUCACCUGUGCCCUUUCUACCUGGGACCAGCCCCUCGGCCGAUGGGCCUGACUCUUUCAGUUGUGUGUUUGAAGCCAUCCUGGAGUCACACCGGGCCAAGGGCACCUCCUACACCAGCCUUGCCUCACUGGAGGCCCUGGCCUCACCUGGCCCAACCCAGAGUCCCUUCUUUACCUUUGAGCUGCCUCCCCAACCCCCUGCACCCCGGCCUGACCCACCUGCUCCUGCCCCAUCUGCCCCUCUUGAACCGGAUUCUGGUACCAGCUCUGCUGCUGGUGGUCCUUGGACACAGAGAGGGGAGGAGGAGGAGGCAGAGGCUGGAGCCAAGCUGGCUCCAGGGAGGGAGCCCCCUAGUCCCUGCCACUCAGAGGACAGCCUUGGGCUGGGGACAGCACCACUUGGCAGUGAACCACCUCUGAGCCAACUGGUGUCUGACUCAGACUCAGAGCUGGACAGCACAGAGCAGCUGGCCCUGGGAAGCACAGACACCUUGUCCAAUGGGCAGAAAGCAGAUCUGGAGGCUGCGCAGCGCCUAGCCAAGAGGCUGUACCGACUAGAUGGCUUCAGGAAGGCCGAUGUGGCCCGGCACCUGGGCAAGAACAAUGACUUCAGCAAACUGGUGGCUGGCGAAUACCUCAAGUUCUUUGUCUUCACCGGCAUGACCCUGGACCAAGCUCUCAGGGUGUUUCUGAAGGAGCUGGCCUUAAUGGGUGAGACCCAGGAACGAGAGCGUGUGCUGGCCCACUUCUCCCAGCGAUACUUCCAGUGCAAUCCUGAAGCCCUGUCCUCAGAGGACGGCGCCCACACGCUGACCUGCGCCCUCAUGCUACUCAACACCGAUCUCCACGGCCACAACAUCGGGAAGCGCAUGACCUGCGGGGAUUUCAUCGGGAACCUGGAGGGUCUCAACGAUGGCGGUGACUUCCCCAGGGAGCUGCUCAAGGCUUUGUACAGCUCCAUCAAGAAUGAAAAGUUGCAGUGGGCCAUAGACGAGGAGGAGUUGAGACGCUCUCUGUCUGAGUUGGCCGACCCCAACCCCAAGGUCAUCAAGAGGGUCAGCGGGGGCAGCGGCAGUGGCUCCAGCCCUUUCCUGGACCUGACUCCUGAGCCUGGGGCUGCUGUCUACAAGCACGGGGCCCUGGUGCGCAAGGUGCACGCAGACCCUGACUGCAGGAAGACACCUCGGGGCAAGCGGGGCUGGAAGAGCUUCCACGGGAUCCUCAAGGGCAUGAUCCUCUACCUGCAGAAGGAGGAGUACCAGCCUGGGAAAGCCCUUUCAGAGGUGGAGUUAAAGAAUGCCAUCAGCAUCCACCACGCCCUGGCCACUCGUGCCAGUGACUACAGCAAAAGGCCCCAUGUCUUCUACCUGCGCACAGCUGACUGGCGGGUCUUCCUCUUCCAGGCUCCGAACCUGGAGCAGAUGCAGUCCUGGAUCACUCGCAUCAAUGUGGUGGCCGCCAUGUUCUCUGCACCCCCCUUCCCAGCUGCUGUUAGCUCCCAGAAGAAGUUCAGCCGCCCUCUGCUGCCCAGUGCUGCCACCCGCCUCUCCCAGGAGGAGCAGGUGCGGACCCAUGAGGCCAAGCUGAAGGCCAUGGCAAGCGAGUUGCGGGAGCACAGGGCUGCCCAUCUGGGCAAGAAGGCCCGGGGCAAGGAGGCUGAAGAGCAGCGGCAGAAGGAGGCCUACCUGGAGUUUGAGAAGUCCCGCUACGGCACAUACGCAGCGCUGCUGCGGGUCAAGCUGAAGGUGGGCGGCGAAGAGCUGGAUGCGGUAGAGGCAGCACUGGCCCAGGCCGAGAGUGUGGAGGAUGGACUUGCCCCUUCUCACUCCAGUCCCUCCCUGCAGCCCAACCCCUCCAGCCAGCCCCAGGCUCAGCAUCAGGGCUCUGAGCCUCCAGCGGGGGCAGGCAGUGGGCGGCGGAAGCCCUGA